UGGAUCUAUUAUUAUUAUUAUUAUUAUAGGACAACUUAGUAUAAAUGUUAUAUCAUGAUAUUCCUCUCUGUCGGCUGCCAGAGAGAGUGGCUUCAGUCCCGGCUACAGCCCUGCCUGGUCACCGCAGCCCGGCUCCCCAGGCUCGCCAGUCAGUCCCUACAUUCCCAGUCCGCGGGGCGCCAUGUCACCGAGCUACUCACCAGCGUCGCCAUCCUACAUGCCAAGCUCACCAGCCAUGACCCCUCAGAGUCCUGGCUACUCACCAACAAGUCCGUCAUACUCGCCAUCAAGUCCUGGUUAUUCACCAACUUCCCCGAAAUACAGUCCGACUCCUCCAUCUUAUUCUCCAACAAGUCCAAGCUACAGUCCGACUUCUCCAUCCUAUUCUCCAACAAGCCCCAGCUACAGUCCCACAUCGCCAUCCUACUCUCCUACCAGCCCAUCCUACAGUCCCACCAGCCCAUCUUACAGCCCGACCUCUCCAUCCUACAGUCCCACAUCACCCUCCUAUAGCCCUACAAGCCCCUCCUAUUCUCCUACCAGCCCCUCCUAUUCUUCAACAAGCCCCAGCCACAGUCCCACAUCGCCACAGCCUAAAUCUAAUCUCAUGACGUAAUCUGUCACAGGUUUCCGACAGACUAGGAUCUCAACCACAAACCCCAUCACCAACUGUGAGAUAUUAGCUUUGCACUGUGUUGUAUCAGGAUAAGAAAUAAUUUCAAUAAAUACUUCAAAAAGUGUGAUUUCUGGUAUGAUUUGAUGAUUAUAAGUGCAUAAUAAACCAAUCCUGUAAAUUCCUCAAAAUGUGUGUUUUCUGGUCUGUUCCACUUUAAUGAAGGGUAAACAGGUAAACAGGGAACUAUUGCUUGACUAACCAACCUUGACUAAUCCUGGUAUAAGCUGUCUGACAAAUAGGAUGUCUGACAAUUG